AAGAUACAGCUGAAAACUUACUAUUAUAAAACCAACAAAACAAAAACUAGUGCUUCGCAAGAGAACCGCGACCAGCUACAACGAACAACCACUGUCAACGAGCAAACCCAAUUCUGAUAGGAAACCAACAAACCCCGCCGCAGCAAGACACUGAAGUAAAGAAUUCCCACAUCAAUCCCCAGCCAAUUACAGUGAUCAAAGGCGACCAAACCGCUGGUCGGAGAUGAGUCGAUCGGGGCUGCUCUAAACGACGGAGAUAAGUCGAUCGCCGGAGCGCGGGCUUGAGGGAAGCUUAUGCAAGGAGGGAAGGGUUGAGCGACGAGCGCUGGUGAGGCGGCAGCCCCCUCCCCUCAAACCCUAACGGAGAAGUGCCACGAAAGAUCUAGAGCCAAGCACAACUCUUUGGGAAUGCAAAGCCAUAUCCACCGAACCAUUUCCUAUACAGCCAAUUAAAUUUAAAUUCUCUCUGUUUUCAUUUUCCAAAAGCCAUUUAACGUGGGAAAAAGCCCAACACCCCCGGCCCCCUGAUAAAGCGUGAGAGAGAGAGAGAGAAUGGGAGUACCAUCAUUUUACAGAUGGUUAGUGAAGAAAUAUCCAAACACAGUGGCGAAUGCCAUUGAAGAGGAAGGAGAUGAAGCAGGUGGUGGUAGUAGUGUUGUAGAUUCAAGAUCAUCACGGCCGAAUCCCAACGGGUUCGAAUUUGAUAACUUGUAUCUGGACAUGAACGCGAUUAUUCACCCUUGUUUUCACCCGGUGGAUCAUCCGACACCUCCCACUACUUUUCAAGAGGUAUUCGACAACAUACGUGAUUACAUCGAUCACCUUUUUUGCAUUGUACGACCUCGGAAGCUCUUGUACAUGGCAAUUGACGGUGUGGCUCCAAGAGCCAAAAUGAAUCAACAAAGAUCAAGACGGUUCCGCACUUCAAAAGACAACGAAAUUGCCGAGGCCGAGGAAAGGAAGUUGAGAACUGAGUUUGAAAUGGCAGGGAAACCGGUGCUUCCCAAACAGGAAUCGGAAGUUUCUGAUUCCAAUAUUAUCACACCAGGAACGGAAUUUAUGGAUGAAUUAUCAAAGGAUCUCAAAUUGUAUAUUAACCAACGCUUAGAAACUGAUGCCGGUUGGAAGAAGAUAAAGGUAAUUCUUUCGGAUUCGAAUGUGCCCGGCGAGGGAGAACACAAAAUCACGUCAUUUAUACGGCUUCAGCGUGCCUCUCCAGGCUAUGAUCCAAAUACACGCCAUUGCCUUUAUGGCCUGGAUGCGGAUCUAAUUAUGCUGGCGUUGGCUACGCAUGAACUCCACUUUUCGAUACUGCGGGAGGUAUGUGAUAUCCAAGAGCAGCAGCCGCAUUUAGCAAUCGAAACCAGCCUUAAUAAAGCAGAACCUAGUUCACUAACAUGUAGAGGACCAUUGAAACAACAAAAUUCAGCUCCAAUGAAGCAGCAUUAUCAGUUCUUACAUAUUUGGAUACUCAGAGAGUAUCUACAGCUUGAUCUGACAAUAUCGGAACAUCCUUCUCAUGUAAAGAUUGAUCUCGAGAGAUUAAUUGAUGAUUUUAUCUUCAUUUGCCUCUUCACGGGAAAUGAUUUUCUACCGCACAUGCCUACAUUGGAAAUUCACGAGGGUGCCAUCGACCUUCUGAUGCAUGUGUACGUGAAAGAGUUCAAAAAUUUGGGUGGAUAUCUGGUUGACAUGCAAUGGGCAGGAUACGAAAAAGGUCGUUUUGUGAGAUUAAAAAGAGUUGAAAAAUUCAUUCUCUCGAUAGGCGCCUAUGAGGAAAAGAUAUUUAAGAAGAGAUCGGAAAUACAAGACCGCAAGCUCAAAAGGCUCCUUCCUCAAUAUUCGGAUGAUAAAGAAGAAGAACAAGAACAAGAACAAGAAAGAGGUCCCGGCGUGGAACUUCAGCAUUGUGCAGCUAAAGGAAAGGCCCCAACCUCUCAAAAAAUUGUGAUAGAGGCAAUUGAGAGCCCCGUAUCGUCUAAAGGAACAACCCAGUCCACUAAUACAUCAGAAAUUCUUCAAAAUACCAGGGAGUUGAAAGAAAAGUUGAAGAGUUGCAUUCAGGACAGAUCAGACCUGUUCAAAAAUGGAAAUUUCACGGCCAACAGAGUAAAAUUGGGGGUCAAAGGCUGGCAUGAAAGAUACUAUAUGAAGAAAUUUUCUGCAAAGACUAAAGAGGACAUUGAAAUUACAAGAAAAGCGGUGGUUCAAAGAUAUACGGAAGGACUAUGCUGGUCAAGCCUCUACUAUUUUUCAGGAGUCCCAUCAUGGAAGUGGUUUUACCCAUACCACUAUGGUCCAUUUGCUUCUGACUUAAGGGGCCUUUCUCAAGUGAAAGUGAACUUCGAUAAAGGGUCACCGUUUAAACCGUUUGACCAACUCAUGGGUGUCCUGCCACCUAGAAGUUCUCAUGCACUGCCAAGAGUGUAUCGGCCAUUGAUGACAAGUGAGGAGUCCGAGAUCAUUGAUUUUUAUCCUACUAAUUUUCAACUUGAUGAAGAAGGAAAAAGAUUUACCUGGCAGGCAAUCUGCAAGCUUCCUUUCAUUGACGAAGAACGCCUGUUAUUUCAAACCAAUAAAGCAGAGGCCGAAUUGAGAGAUGAUGAGGCUGAAAGGAACAGUACUAAAGUUGAUAUUCUGUUUGUGAGAAGCUCUGAAGAGCAACUUGGAUCUCAAAUAUUCACACUUUAUAGAAAACAGCAUGAGGGGGGAGAAACUGAUACAGCUAAGGAAUCCAUUGGUGCCGAUUUGGGCUGCGGACUUAGUGGUUUUAUAAGUCCUUGUAACGAGUACCCAUGGGAAUGUGAUGAGGGAGGUCGAGCAAACAAUAUUCUAUUCGUGAUGUACGAGUUGCCGAAUGAGUGUCAACAUAUUCCACGCCUCCUUCAGGGCGUAAACAUCCCCGAGAAGACAAUAACCGAAGGUGAUAUAGUGGAAACACAACUGUGGCAUGAUACCUCGUCGUCAAGGGGGCAAACAACAGCUUCGAGCUCAAGUUGGGAUCCCAGGGGGCGUAAUGCCUAUCCUGUAACACAUCGAGGAGCAUGUAAUUUGGAUGAGAAUUGGAAAUCCUCCUGUUCUGCUCAAUUUGAGGACUUCAGAAUAUCAGAUUCAAGUCAAGGAUUCAAGUCCUUUGAAAGAGGUCGGACUGCCAAUUUCCAGUCAUAUGGAAACAGUUUAGUGGCUGAUAGAAGCGGCGAUCAAUGGAGACAGAGCAGUUGUGGUCAAUUACUUGGAGCUCCUUUCAGCCAGGGCGGGAGGCAGAUUAGCGGUAGCGUACGAGGGACGUCGGCGGGUAUUCCAAGUCAUCAUGCCUGGCAACAUAAUCUAUCUCCGCUUCCCGCUCCUUCAAUGCAAGGUCAGGGCUGGAGGCAGAGUAGUUUGAGUGUACAAGGGACGUCAGCAGGUAGAACAAGCCAUCAUGCCUGGCAACAUAAUCUAUCUCCGCCUCCCGCUCCUUCCAUGCAAGGUCGGGGCUGGAGACAGGUAGUGCAAGGCCAUAACUGGCAACAUAAUGUACGUCCGCCUAACGCCCCUUCAAUGCAAGGUUCUGGCUGGAGGCAGAGCGGUGGUAAUGUACGAGGUAUGUCAGCGAGGAGUACUACAAGCCAACAAGCCUGGCGACAUAAUCCAGCUCCGCCUUCCGCCCCUUCAAUGCAAGCCCAUGGAAGAGGCCAAUUUACGUCUAGUGCAGCUCCCAGGGAUUGGGAAGUGAGGGAUACACCAUAGACUUCUUGACACUGAAUAAUAUAAACCGGAAAGUUCUUCACAACGUUAAGGUUUUAUUUAAAAU